AGCACGUGUUUGCCUUCAUGAAAGGAAACGGUGCUGUAGCUCUAGGUCGCAGUGGAGCCGCUAGCAUCGUUGAAUAUGCCGAGCUCUCCAGACGGCGGCGCAGCCCCGCCUUUUCCCCAUGAGACCUACACCACCGCUGUCAAGUCACCACGGCAGCUCUUUCAGGAGCGCAUCAAUUCUCUUCUCUCCGCUCCCAUGCCGCGAUGCCUGCAAUCGAGCUUCCACAACGAAGGAUUGGGCGGUGCGCGUUUUCUGGAGAUGAAGAGUGGCAAUGAAGGCACGGAUGGGACACGUCUGCCGUCGUCGCGCUCCGCAGGAGCACCGAGAGCAGCCAACGACGUCACCUCUGUAGGAGAAGCGACGCAAAGCGAGACCACUAGAAAUGCCGCACGCGCCACCGUCAACACCUUCCACGUCAACGAGGCAUCCGCGCCGUCACCGCGAGUGCCCAUCUACGAGCAGCUUCUCCAAAAAGGUCGUCUCCAGCAAGAGCGUCUGGAGCAGCUGCGGCAAGAGGCGAUGGAGCGCGAGAUGCGCGAGCUCCGUCCUGCCCCGCGUAUCCAACUUGCCCCCACGGCGCUGCCCGUGGAGCCGCUGCAGCCCGCGCGCCGACUUCCGCCAGAGGGGCAGCGCAUUGAAGACAAGCUGCUGCAGCGCGCCAAGGACAAGGCAGAGCAGGAGAGGCAGGCGGCACAGCUGCGAAGGGAGCGAGAGGAGGAAGACCUCGCUGCGGUCGCGACUUUCCACCCGCACAUCUCCGCCCACGCCCAAGCGACCAAGGCACGCUAUAAGGAGCCUCCGGCGGAUCGCGCUGCGUGGCGGGCGAAGCGGCUUGAGGAACUAGCACAGAUCCGCCAAAGCGCAGAGCUGGAGGAUCUGCAAGAGCUGCAGCAAGGACCGGCCAUCAAUCGACACUCUGCCAAGCUGGCAGCGGCGAAGAAGGCCCGCGAGGGCCUGGAGGGGCUGCCCGCCUCGGAGACUCUUUUCAUUACGGAGUACCGACGACGAUUUGCGCAGUUGCAGGCCGCCGAGGCGGAGCACGAAGUUCGCGAGCAGGCCUCACCGGCAAUCACCCACCGCGCAGCUGCGAUGCACCGUCUCGGCGACGUAGGCAGCCGGCUGCACGCCGAGAGCUACGCUGCUGCCAUUCGCCGCCUGCAGCGCGAAGUGACCUGGCGCGAGGCGCACACGCCGUUCCAGCCCGAAGUCACCACCCUGGCCGCCGUGACCGCUCCGCGGUAUCAGCGGGAGAGCGACGCUGGCCUCCACGCGGCGAGAUCGUCACCCGCAUUCGGUGGCUCUGCUCUGCCUCGCCGCAACUCCACCACCCGUGAUGCUUUUCAGCCGUCGAUUAACCCCGUCAGUGCGGCCAUCGCGGAGCGCCUGCCCGAAACACCGAUGCAGCGGCUGUGUCGCUCCUCUGCCGUCCACUCCCUCUCCAGCUACGUCGACCCGUCGCACUCGCACGACACGUCGGUCUGUGCCUCGAUGGCCACGCCGCGUCAGCCCACACAGGGACGGCUCGACAUGACGGGCGACACCACUGCCCGUAGGCCAGGGCCGUCCCUAUCGUCUUCGGCGGUGACUCCACCACCACCGCUGCUGCCUAGCGCCGUCGUCGCCUCCCUCGACGCUUACGAACGGCGACGCCAGGCGCGCUUGGACGCGUUGCGCUGGGAGCAACGUGAGCAAGAGCUGCGGGAGUGCACCUUCCAGCCGCGGGUCAACGCACGGUCUGCGGCAUUGGCGGCCGAUGCACCGCACAGCACCAGCGGUGAUCGGCGCGGCCCUGCUGCGGUCGCGCAGCGCAACAAGGAGUGGCAGCAGCGGCGUGAUGAGCACAUGGAGACGAUGCGGCAGUGGCAGGCUGAGCGCGCAGCAGCUGCGGAGGCCAAGGCGGAGCAGAUUGAAUCAAGGGUGCUAGGGCGAGCAGCAGCCGCACAGGCGCUCUCUCCGAGUUUGUACGGCGGCGAUGGACAAGCGUGGGGCGUCAACGCGUACCUCGACCGUCAGCAACGUGCCCAUCGGCAGCGACGGGAGCUGCAGGAGCGACAAGAUGCUGUGCAGCAAGCGACGAGCUCUGUGAAGCCGUCGAGGCCGGUGUCUGUUGCGGCAGCGACGCCUCUACGAGAUUAUCGUCCCGUGGGGGCGUCGGCCAUACGCAGUUUACGGCCGCCGGUCUCGGCAUCUGAAACGUGGCCCUCCGCGCAGCUGUGGACCUCUGACGUCUAG